GCCAUAUGAAGCGGCCCUGGCGCUGAUAUCGACCAUGGGGCUAGUGGGUAAACUGCGAGAGCGCCUAGCUUCGGCGUCCAAGCUAAACAAGACGCCGUCGUCAAACUCAAAGACCACGGGGCCCUGGAUUACUCCCGGGAGAACCACGACAGCCGAAACAAUCGUUGAAAGACCAUUCAUAUCAAAGAAUAGGGAAAAUCCAGCACUCGAGGAGGAUCACGAGAAUAUCGACCCAUCAGCUCUACCAACUGAUCUGACCACACAGAAUGGGCCUGAUACUCCUCACGACUCGCGCCCUCUUUGGAAGCAAGCAUACGACAAGCUUCGGGAGGAAGAAAGGGACCUCGUGUUGAACUUUCAGACACUCGUAGCUCAAGAAGCUCGGCGACAAGAUCAGCCACAAGAAUUGCCAGGAGAUCUGGCUCAAGACCAAGAUCCGACAUACCACGAUGUCCAGAAGCUGUGCCAAGACGGCAAGCAACGGAUGGAAGAUGCAGAGAUUAGGUUCAAACUUAGGAACAAGGAUCACAAAGUCGGUGAAAUGUUCGACAAGGGUUUUCGCAUGAUAGCCUGGGGUAAAGACCUGGUGUCCACAGCGCUGGGCAAGACGGCGUCUUUCGAAGUCUCCAUUGUUUGGGCUGCCACCAUACUGGUCCUCCCCCUGCUGGAAAAUGUCCAGAAGGCCAAAGACAUGAACUACAGCGGUUUCAUCUACGUCACUGGAACUCUGAAGUACUAUCUUGCUCUUGAGCCAGAGCUUCAGAAAAGCCACGGCUCAUGCUCACAAGAACUCAUCGAAGCUGCCGAAGAGAGCAUCAUAGCGCUCUACAAAGCCAUACUCUCCUUUCAGCUCCGGUCAGCCUUACGAUUCAAUCGGCGCAAGCUGAAGAACAAGCUCAGAGAUGCUGUCGACUAUGACGGCUGGGAGACCAUGCUGCAGAGCGUGAAGGACGCCGAAAAGCUGUUCGCAGAGCGAUGGCGGCCCCUCCAGCGCACAGCCAGCGAGGAUUAUCUACGUCAAUUGAAAGAAGAGACUGUCGCGAACCUCGAACGCCUUGAGUCACGAGCACUGUCCCUGGAAGAACAGGAGCACCUCCAGGUCUUGCGGCCCCAGAACGCUUCUCAAGAUCUGUCAUACGAAAGCGCAAAAGAACGCACCGAGGACAGAGUUCCAGGAACAUGCAAGUGGCUUCUUGAGGAGGAGAAAUAUCAGGACUGGCUGCGGAAGGCUCAUGGGCUACUGAUGGUUUCAGCAGACCCCGGCUGCGGCAAGUCUGUUCUAGCUAAACACCUCAUCGACGAACGACUUCUCGAAGACGCCAAUGACGCAACAAUAUGCUACUUCUUCUUCAAGGAGGACGAUCAGGACAGGCUCUGCCUGGCACUGUGUGCUCUGCUGCAUCAGCUUCUGAGUCGGAAGCCCAGUUUGAUAAAGAGGCACUUGACGCACGAGCAUGCGAAGAAUGGCAAUAGCCUUCAAAACAACACGACUAUACUCUGGAGGAUCUUGGAGGCUAGCCUCAGAGACUCGGAUACAGGUCCAGUCAUUAUUGUUCUGGACGGACUGGACGAAUGCCGACAGGCAGACUUUCAAGUCCUGGCCAGGAGCGUCAACCACCUACUCGCCGUUGAGAAACAUUCUCAUGCCACGACGCGAUGGCUCUUCACCACUCGCCCAUACCAAAGCAUCACAAACAUGAUUGUGGCAUCUUGUAUCCGCAUGUAUGGCGAGGAGAAGUCGACCACCAUUCGGCAAGAAGUCAAGAUUGUGAUCCAGCACAGGGUCCGCGAUCCCAAACUUCAGAGAAUCAUUCCCCAAAGACUGCUCUCGCGACUUGAGGAGAGGCUUCUGAGUGUCGAGAACCCAACAUAUCUUUGGGCAGCAUUGACGUUCAGAUUUGUUGAGACUAGUCACUUCAAAAAGACUAUCAAGGGCUUGGAAGAUGCGAUUGAGAAUCUACCGCGCAGCAUCAAUGACGCCUACUCAAAGAUCCUAAGUCGGACUGAUGAAACCUUACAGCCACUCAUACGAAAGGCUUUCACCAUUGUCUUGGGAGCAGCAGUUCCUUUGACGAUAGCGGAAAUGAAUGUUGCAAUGAACCUGGACGAAGGCGUCAAUAACCUCAACAAUUUGGACAUGGAGGACGAACAAACGUUCAAGAGAAGCUUGAGGCAGAUAACCGGACUUUUCAUCAUCACACACAACGACCGCGUGUAUUUCUUACACCAGACGGUACGGGAGUUCUUCCAGUCUUCGGACACCGAAAUGCCGACGGCCGACCUUCCCACGCAGUGGCAGCAUUCGUUCAGUCCCAAGUUUUCCAAUAGCUUCAUGGCACGCAUUUGUCUUCGGUAUAACUGGCUAUACAACAACGAUCCACAACUCCCUAGCUUUGAGGUCAACGGAUGUCAUGUCUCGAAAGAUUUAGUUCACCAAACUGUCCAAAGAAUGCCUGGCUACAGAGUGGGAGAUACAAUUCAAGAGGUCGAUGACUGGAUAGAAAGACACCCUCACAUGGCUUUUCAUCGCUAUGCAAUCACCAACACGACACAGCACCUGGAAGGAAACUCUGGCGAGGACGACUUGGAUCUCAUCCUGGUAGGAGUCGUGCGUCUUCUAGUCACUCAGCCGCAUGUCAACAUCGAAAGCUGCGACGGGCACGGCCGCACAGCGCUCUGUUUGGCUGGAACAUCUUGCAUGCGACGUUUACUGUUGAAGAGUGGUGCAAAUCCUCACCCCCCUACGGACAGCGUCAUCGCACUGCCGAUAUGGUACGCUAUUCAGCGCAGCAAAUUCGGCUACUUGGACUAUCUACUUUCAAAGGCGAAAAGUCCUGCUGCGAAGCACGACAUGUUGAAGAUCGUGCUCGAAACGGCGCUUUUGGAUUACCCACGACGGCGUGGCAUGGCUUUGGGCUCGAUACAUUGGGACGCCGACAUCAACGCUCUCAAUAAUCAGGGGUCGACGCUCCUUCAUCACUAUCCGGCCAGAGGAUAUGUGGAGUGUGUCAAGUUCUUGUUGGAUCUAGGUGCCGAUGUCACAGUAUCGAACAGCAACGGACAGACGCCGCUCAAAUCAGUUGUGCACAGGUUGGAGGAGGAGAAUGAUUGUUUUAUUGAAGAUGAGCUCGGGGAAAUCAAGACCUUGCUUGAAUCCAGAAAAGAGGCGAAAAUGAGCGAUGAGUACCAGCAGCUGUUACAAGGGGAAACGGUUCACAUUGAUGACUCUGAUUUUGAACAGAUUGAUGGUCCUGACUCAGAUGGAGAUGAUCUUUUCAAAUGA